CCUGCACGCGAGGAUCAGGCCCCAGCACGCUGCAGUCAUGAGGAUCUGCAGCCUCACCUGCCUGUCCUUCCUGCUGGCCGCUCAGGCGCUGCUGGGGGAGGGGCGGAAGGAAGCCACGAACAGGCGUGGAAACAAGGCCACGGCAGGGAGCGUGCACCCUCCCCAGCCCGGGGCCCAGCAGAGAAGCCAGUCGCCCAAGGCCCUGACCAAAGGCAAGUUUGUCACCCGAGACCUGGCUGACUGCAGGUGGGCAGUGACCGAGCAGGAGAGGGGCAUUGCCCUGAAGGUCGAGUGCACCAGACAGGACGCGGCGUUUUCCUGCGUCUUCACUGGCAAUCCCACCCCUUGCUUAGAGCUGAACAAGAGGAGUGCGUACUGGAAACAAAUCGUUCGGAGCCUGCGGUCUCAGAAAGUCCUCUGCGGGGACCCCAGGAGCGUCCUGAAGAGCAGGGUGUGCAGAAAGAACUUUCCAGAAUCCAAUCUCAAGCUGGCGAACUCCACUCUGAUUCAGAACAAGAAGCCGCACCCCAAGGACACGGAGUUCACGUCCAGGGAGCAGAGCACAGUCAAGGGCCACGGGCUCUCCAGCCAGGUGGGCACCCCGACCACGACCACCCAGGACCCCAAGUGCAAGGAUGACCCCGACAUGGUGCAGCAGAAGAGCACGGCCCUGGACUACUGCGGGGAGUCCUGGAGCUCUCUCUGCGAGUUCUUCAUCGCCAUGGUGCAGGGCACCUCAUGCUGAUACCCAGAGGGCAGGGCCCCUGGGUGCCCUCCGGCUACGCCCUCCCCGGGCACCGUCAAACUCUUCGUGUCCCGGGAGGCAAACAUUUGUGCAACGGGGCACAGCAGCAUAU